UUCGUUUCUGUUCAUUUCUUAAGUCGUUUUGGUCCACACAAAAAAGACAUCCUUUUGCAAUUGAAGAGAUCUGAGGACCCAAGAUAACUGAAAUAAAAGUGCACGUACGUCUUCGAUACAUAUACAUACAUCAUGUAAUAUAUGAUUAGUUAUGAAGACAAUUGAAGUGGACUAGCGUACAAGACUUGUCCUACCACUACCCGUUUCAGUCUUUCAGAACACAUCACGACGCAAAAGUAGUUAACCAAAAAUUUCUGAGUCCGUCUCUUGUCGAUCUCUCAUUCGUUUACUUUAUCACCUCUACCUUUUUUUCUUCUUUUUCCACUAUCGCCUGCUGCAUGUAAUGUAAGCAUGUUGCGUAGCCUCGAAUAAUAUAAUCGACUCUAUGGGAAAACGCAUAAACUGGAAGGCCCAACAAAAUUGGCCGAGGAUGAAUAGUCCUAGGCCUAUGAGAGAGUCACAAGGGCCUUCAGCAUGCCCAAUACUAAAUUCUUGAAAAUCAUGAUGUGAUAUGGCCAACCACCUAACCCAAUUCAUAAACCUAAACUGAGAUAACUAGAUACCCAAAUAGAGCAAAAUAAUGAUUCUCCACCAUCUCAAAUAUGUUGGGGAGAAAAAUUAAUAAUACAAAGAUGACGUGAAACAUAAAAAAGAAUUCAAAAUAAACGAUUAAGAUUUCGAAAAUGUAUUAUAAGUUUAUAACUGUAAGUUUGUAACAUCCCUAAUCCAAACCCAACAUGAAAAUUUAUGUUUAUAAAGAUUUUAGGUAUAGUUUUAUUAUGUAAUAAAUACAUGACCUAAAGGUUAGUCAUAUUGUAAUAAUGUAUAUUCUUUAAAAAAAAGUUAUAUUAUAUAACUCUCUUUCUUUUAGUAGGAGCAGAUGUAAUAUCAAGGUUGUGAGUGUUAUAGUCGUGGCUAAGUAUCUUGUAAGCCAUGAUGAUGAAAUCAUGCGAUUUUGAUGAAGGAGAGUUAAGUGGUCCACAAAAAUCUUAGGCGAAAUUAGGUUAGUUCUAAGCGGCUGGUAUUUAAUAAGCGUAUAUUCUUUUGGAUUUUUAAUGUCAUUUUCUUAUAGGCCUCAACUAAACAAAAACAUGUUCAUAAUCCAGAUGAGAGGUAAAACAAUCAGACGCUUGAUAAACCCUUUUUUUUUUACAACAAAGCCAUAACAAACUAAAAACUAUACUAUGAAACAGUUUUGAUAUCAAAGAUUCAACAUUUUUGCAGUCUUUAUAUUUUGGAACAUAUAUAAAAGAUCCAACAUUUCUAGUGUAAGCCCAAAACAAACUGGAAACGUUAAGGCCCAAAAUAAACCCUCGCCUCUUGGAGAAAGAGAUGCGGGUGGGUUAAACAAUAAUCAGACGGUUGAUAAGCUACUUCAUCACACACAUAACCACAACCAAAUGCGCCAAGAACUCACGGCGCAUUUUAGCAAAUCUCAAACUAUGUUUCCGAAAUUACCCUCGAACACACCUUAGAAUCACCAAAAUACAUGAACACUGUCAUAUAUAUAAGAAGAAACUCUUUCUUCUCCCUUUUCUUCUUCGCAGAAUCCAAAACCAAAAUCGAAAGCAAUCGAGAGAUUGAAACUCAUCUGUUAAUUAAGUAUCGGCGAAGCAAUGGUGUUUCCCGGUGAGAAAGAAGAAGAAGACUACACGGCGACGGGACACGAUACUCCGAAGAAGACUCUCCACAAUUUCUCGUUCACGGACUUGAAGUGGGGUGCUCAGCGUAACCUAAGGUGCACGAAGAUCGAAUCUAACGUCGUCGCCGUCGAUCAAAGACCCCGACUCGGCGACAAUCCGAGUCACGGCGGAGCGGAAGGGAUCGAGGAGGCGAAGGAAGAAGAGAAGACGAGCAAGAAAGAGGGGGAGAGGGAGGUGUCUCCGCCGUGGAAUCUGAGGAAGAGGAGAGCGGCUUGCAAGGCUCCGGCAACAGAUUCCGAGGGGAUUCAGGAGAAUGGAGUGAGGCCCAAGUUUAACCCGACGCUGACGAAGAAAGAGGUGGAAGAUGAUUUCAUCGCCAUGACGGGUCAUAAACCACCGCGACGGCCCAAGAAACGGCCCAGAAACGUUCAGAAACAGAUCGAUCGGUUGCAUCCAGCUUCUUAUUUUGCUGAGGUUACUGAAGAUCUCUACGAUGUCCCCGACGUAGCCGAGAACGGAAAGGUAUCAUCUUUUUUUUUUUCACAAGAUUUUUUAUUUGGUAUUGUAACUGUUUGAUACUAAUAUUUGCUUUACUAUUUCUGCAGAAAUGAUGACGAUGAUGAAUGAAAGUUGGAAGUGUGAUUAAAUCAGAAGAUGCUUUUUGAGUUUCUCAGUUUUGUUUCUUUAGCUAUUAGUUUUGGUUUUGGCUAAAUAACAUGUACAAAGAGAUAUGGGAGAAGUUGAGUAGGUUCUCAUGUGUUAGGACAUUCUCUUCUCUUUCAGUUAAUCAAAUCAGCAACGAACAGCCAAUAAUAAUAGGGAUCAAUAAAAGGAUGAACAUUUCACCAAA